GUUUAUGAUUUCUCAAAGAUAUUUUCAACCACGAUAAAUUUUGUCUUAAUUAACAUUGUGAGAGUGAAUAUCUUAAAAUGUUCCCUGAUUCAAGAAAAGUUAUUUGGCUCAUUAUUCAAUUUCUGUUAGCUGCAAUAAAAAAUGUUGAGAGUUUUGCACUCGAUUUGGAUCAGUUAGCUGUGGACAACUUUAGAAAUUAUCUCCGAAUUCCGUCUGUUCAACCAAAUGUCAAUUACACCCCAUGCGUUACCUUUUUAAGAAAACAGGCUGAAUCUUUGAAUCUCCCAAUAAAAAUAGUUGAAUUUGCUCCAAAUAAACCCCAUGUGAUUAUAACAUGGAAAGGCACAGAACAUGAAAAAUCUUCAAUAUUAUUGAGUGGUCAUAUGGAUGUCGUACCUGUAUUUCCUGACAAAUGGAUUCACCCGCCGUUUGGAGCCGAAAUGGACGAAGAGGGCAACAUUUAUGCUCGUGGGUCUCAGGACAUGAAGAGUGUUAGUAUUCAACACAUUGAAGCAAUUCGUCGAUUAAAAUUAGGUGGAAUUCGUCUUAAAAGGACAAUUCACUUGCACUUUGCUCCAGACGAAGAAAUUGGAGGAUUGUUUGGAAUGAGAGCUUUCGUUAAAUCCCAGGACUUUAAAGAUUUAAAUGUCGGAUUUGGAUUAGACGAAGGAGGCAUUUCUGAAGGCAACGACAUUAUUGUUACUUAUGCAGAAAAAUCGCCAUAUCAAAUUUGGAUCAAUUGUCCCGGCGAAGAGGGUCACGGUUCAACGUUAUUAAAUAAUACAGCUGGGGAGAAGCUGCGUUCCAUUAUCGAUCGAUUCAUGGAUUAUAGAGCUUCAGAAAAAGCGAAAUUAAAAGAUCCAAGAGUUAAAUCUGGAAACGUAACAUCGAUUAAUUUAACAAUGAUGAAAGGAGGAGUUCAAUUGAAUGUAGUUCCCGGCGAACUUUCCGUUGCUUUUGAUAUAAGAAUACCGCCUGAUGUUAAAAUUUAUCAAGAAUUUGAGAAAAUGACACAAGGAUGGCUCAAGAAUAUUGGAUGUGAAAUUGAUGAUGAAACAAAAAAUCAUCCAUUGCCUAUUAAAGGCACAAAGUUAGAUGAAAAUAACAUCUAUUGGACAUCGUUUAGAGAAGCUUGUCUAGAAUCUGGAGUUAAUAUUGAUCUUUCUAUUGCUCCUUGGGGUACAGAUGCAAACUCAUUACGAGCUAUUGGAAUUCCGGCUUUAGGCUUUUCACCAAUUAACAAUACUCCUCCACUUCUUCAUGCUCACAAUGAAUAUUUAAAUAAAGAUAUUUUUCUGAAAGGAAUAACGAUAUUUAUAAACAUUAUAACUGCAAUUGCUAAUGUUAAGUGAAAUUAUUUUUAUUUUAUUUAAAUAAAAUAGUUUGAGCAAAGUCUUUUCAAUAAAAAUUUAAUUAAUUUCA